CCCUCCCACUCACUGGCGAACACCUCUUUAGCAAUACUGCUUCAACGCUGUCCACAUUCCAAGAGAAAACCCGGAUCUACUUUGCGCGGUUCUAGGGUGAAAAGAGGAGGGACUGAACUUGGGAUCCUGCCUUAAACUCCUGCCAUGGCUGCAGCAGUGUGGACCGACCGAGGACGGAGGGUUGCGACUGUCGUGGGGACAGUGACCAGAUCCAGGUCCAGUCAUGCAGCUGUGAAGUCCCAGUAUGACGCACUGGUAAUCGGAGGAGGACACAAUGGACUGGUGGCAGCUGCCUACCUCCAGAAGGGAGGACUGAAGACUGCAGUGCUGGAGCGCAGACAUGUUCUGGGAGGAGCAGCUGUGUCCGAGGAACUCUUCCCUGGUUUUCACUUCUCCAGGUGUUCCUAUUUACUCAGUUUAUUAAGGCCUCACAUAUAUGCAGACUUGGAGCUGAAGAAACAUGGGCUGAAGGUCUACAUGAGGGACCCACAUGCCUACACCCCCAUGUUGGAGGACGGUGUGGGAGGUGCCCCACCAAGGUCUCUCAUCCUGGGCUCAGAUCUUGCCAUGAACCUGAAGGAGAUUGGCAAGUUCUCACAGAAGGACGCUAAGGCUUUUCCAGAUUUUGUUGCACACCUUGAGAAGCUUGCAGAAGCCAUCCACCCUCUACUGGAUGCUCCUCCUGUAGACAUUCCUGGUGUUACCUCUGGAUCACUGAGGAAGAGGCUGGCUGCAGCUAAAACCCUGAUGCCUAUCAUCAAAUGUGGUAUGAAACUGGGCACAAACAUUCCAGACUUUUAUGAGAUUGUAACUGCACCAAUAAUGAAGAUUCUCAACCGGUGGUUUGAGUCAGAGCCACUGAUAGCAACACUUGCUACUGAUGCUGUGAUAGGAGCCAUGACCAGUCCAAGUAAUCCUGGCAGUGGGUAUGUGCUCCUGCACCAUGUGAUGGGAGAGGUGGAGAAGGAGAAAGGAGCGUGGGGUUAUGUGGAGGGAGGCAUGGGAGGUGUGUCUCAGGCGAUCGCCAGCUCUGCUCGAUCCCAUGGUGUCGACAUUUUCACUGAGAAGGAUGUAGGUCAGGUCCUCGUUGGUUCAGAUGGUGCUGCUAAGGGGGUGGUGCUGAAGGAUGGCACAGAGAUCCACAGUCAAGUUGUUCUAUCAAAUGCUACCCCAUAUGUUACCUUCAAGAACCUCACGCCUCAGGCCGCCCUUCCUCCAGCGUUCAUCAAAGCAGUCGAUCAGAUAGACUAUACCUCACCUGUCACCAAGAUCAACGUGGCAGUGGACAAGCUGCCAAACUUCCUAGCUAAUCCCACACCAGAUGACAAACCAGGACCCCACCAUCAGUGCUCCAUUCAUCUCAACUGUGAAAGUGUGGAGGUGCUGGAGACAGCAUACAAAGACGCCAUGAAUGGACGUCCUUCAGUGAGACCCAUGCUGGAGAUGACCAUCCCCUCUGUGUUGGAUCCCACUCUGGCUCCCCCUGGCUGCCACGUGGUGUCACUGUUCACCCAAUUCACCCCCUACCACAUAGAGGGCCGGGAGUGGACUGACGAGGACAGAGAAGCCUAUGCUGACUGCACAUUUGACUGGAUUGAGCAAUAUGCCCCUGGAUUUAAAAAGUCUGUGGUGGGCAGAGACAUCCUGGCUCCACCUGACCUGGAGAGGAUCUUUGGGCUCACAGGAGGGAAUAUCUUCCAUGGAUCCAUGUCGCUGGACCAGCUCUACCUCGCACGACCUUUGCCCUCUCUCUCAGACUACCGUACACCAGUUAAAGGGCUGUAUUUGUGUGGCAGCGGCUGUCACCCAGGUGGUGGUGUGAUGGGUUCUCCUGGCUGGAACGCAGCGCUCACUGCUAUGGCUGAUCUGAAACGUCGCUGAAACAUCUGACAUCAUUAGUCACAAGAACCUGACUGAUUUCAGCCAUCACUCCAUCCCUGCCUUAUCAGCUGUCCCUCCUCUCUACAAUGUGCCUCUGUUUGUAAAGUGAUCUUGAAUAUAAAAAAUGACUAAUAAGUUGAAUUUUCUAUGAGAAUUGAAUGAUACUUUUAAAUGGGAUUCAAAAAAGUCAAGAUGGUACUCAAUAAAAGAGUAUUUCAGACUCUUUA